GAUCCAUCCUUUCCUGAUCAACGGCCAGAUCACACUCUCACCUCGUGCGUACCGGAAAAGAAAAGAUCUAUUGGCUGAUUAGCUCUGAUGUCUCGUCGUCUUCUUUUCCUGACUCUCGUCACCACCACCUAACAAAAACCUCUCCUCAAACACGAAAGGGGGAGAAAUCCACAGACAGACAGGCGAAGAGAAGAAGAGAAAAAUCGUCUCUCUUCAUCCCUCACUAGCACCCCCUUAACGUACGCACCGCUCCCUUAUCGUACGCACCCCGCUUCCAGCAAUGGCCGCCUCCUCCUCUCUGACCGUCUCCCAGGCCCUGGUGGGCCGCACCAUGCCCCACCACGGCUCGUCUAACCAUCCCGACCGUGUAGCACUGCCUGGCUUUAGCCUCAGCAACUUCUCCGGUCGCAGCCUCAAAUCGUCCGCCUGCAUGGCCCGCAAACCCCAGCCGGGCCCCCGAUCGUCUUCGAGGGCUCCGGUCCGUGCCGCAGCUGUGGAGACGCUGCCAAAUACGGAAACUUCUCUGGUGGAGAAGUCGGUCAACACGAUCCGGUUCCUGGCCAUCGAUGCCGUCGAGAAGGCCAAUUCCGGUCACCCGGGAUUGCCGAUGGGAUGCGCGCCGCUGGGCCACAUACUGUAUGAUGAGGUGAUGAGAUACAACCCUAAGAACCCGUACUGGUUCAACCGGGACCGGUUUGUGCUGUCGGCCGGGCACGGGUGCAUGCUCCAUUACGCCUUGCUGCACCUCGCUGGAUACGACAGUGUGAAGGAAGAAGAUUUGAAGUCUUUCCGCCAGUGGGGAAGCAAAACUCCUGGUCAUCCAGAGAAUUUUGAGACACCCGGAAUUGAAGUCACAACUGGUCCUCUUGGUCAGGGUAUUGCGAAUGCCGUCGGAUUGGCACUUGCGGAAAAGCACUUGGCUGCUCGCUACAAUAAACCUGACUGCGAGAUUGUUGACCAUUACACAUAUGCUAUUCUUGGGGAUGGUUGUCAAAUGGAGGGCAUUUCAAAUGAAGCUUGUUCCCUUGCUGGGCAUUGGGGCCUUGGGAAGCUCAUUGCAUUUUACGAUGACAACCAUAUCUCCAUUGAUGGUGACACCGAGAUUGCAUUCACGGAGAGCGUUGACACCCGUUUUGAGGGUCUCGGAUGGCAUGUUAUCUGGGUGAAGAAUGGAAAUACUGGCUAUGAUGAGAUCCGCACGGCGAUUGAGGAAGCAAAGUCUGUCAAGGACAAACCCACUUUGAUCAAGGUAACUACCACCAUUGGUUAUGGCUCACCCAACAAGGCAAACUCAUACAGUGUACAUGGAAGCGCAUUGGGUGCUAAGGAAGUGGAUGCAACAAGGCAGAACCUUGGGUGGCCGUAUGAGCCUUUCCAUGUGCCCGAGGAUGUGAAAAGUCACUGGAGUCGUCAUGUCCCUGAUGGUGCUUCUCUUGAAGCUGAAUGGAAUGCUAAGUUCGCAGAGUAUGAGAAGAAGUAUAAAGAGGAUGCAGCGGAGCUGAAGUCGAUCAUUACUGGUGAAUUGCCUGCUGGGUGGGAGAAGGCUCUUCCGACAUACACUACCGAGAGCCUCGCUGAUGCUACCAGAAAUCUGUCUCAACAGUGCCUGAAUGCACUGGCAAAAGUACUCCCUGGACUUCUUGGUGGGAGCGCAGAUCUUGCCUCCUCUAACAUGACAUUGCUGAAAAUGUUCGGCAACUUCCAAAAGGACACGCCACAAGAGCGUAAUGUCCGCUUUGGUGUUAGGGAGCAUGGCAUGGGUGCCAUAUGCAAUGGAAUUGCCCUCCAUACCCCUGGCCUUCUCCCCUACUGUGCAACUUUCUUCGUCUUCACCGACUACAUGAGAGCUGCCAUGAGGAUCUCUGCCUUGUCCGAAGCUGGAGUUAUCUAUGUGAUGACCCAUGAUUCAAUUGGGCUUGGAGAGGAUGGCCCAACCCAUCAGCCAAUUGAGCAUUUGGCAAGUUUCCGAGCAAUGCCCAAUAUUCUGAUGCUCCGCCCGGCCGAUGGGACCGAGACAGCCGGUGCUUACAAGAUCGCUGUUCUUAACAGGAAGAGACCCUCAGUCCUCGCCCUCUCCCGUCAGAAGCUUCCUCAGCUUCCUGGAACAUCCAUUGAAGGAGUUGAGAAAGGAGGGUACACUGUGUCUGAUAAUUCCUCGGGCGCUACACCAGAGCUCAUCCUGAUUGGGACAGGCUCUGAAUUGGAGAUUGCUGCAAAAGCUGCAGAUGAACUCAGGAAAGAAGGGAAGAAGGUCCGGGUCGUCUCCCUUGUUUGUUGGGAGCUGUUCGACGAGCAGUCAGAAGCCUACAAGGAAAGUGUCCUGCCACCUGGUACUGCUAGAAUUAGCAUCGAAGCAGGAUCCACGUUCGGUUGGGAGAAGAUUGUUGGAAGCAAGGGCAAGGCGAUUGGGAUAGACGGGUUUGGGGCGAGUGCUCCAGCAGGGAAGAUAUACAAGGAGUUUGGUCUAUCAGUAGAGAAUGUGGUUGCAUCAGCCAAAGCACUGAUAUAGGCUAAUACCCUUUCCACGUUAGAAGAUAUUCUGCAUUUGGGUAUUGAGUUUUGCUCUCCAAAGUUUGAAAAUACAGUGGAGAAGAGGCCAGUUUUUAGAGUUUUUUGAGCCUUGUGUCCUCUGGAUUAAAAUAAAGCUUUCUUCUCCUUCUCUCGUUUGUUUCUUAUAUUGCAUGGAGCUGAGUCUCCAAAGCUUCUUGUUUGACUUUCUGAAAGAGUUAGAUAUGAUGAAUUCAUGAACAUUUAGUUUCUUCUUC